AUGGAGAAACAUCCUGCAAACUUCAGCACCAUGAACAGCUCCAGACCACAUCAGACAGUGUACGCACUCGCAGGUGGUUUCCAGACCAUGGAUGCUUACCAAUGGACUUUCCUCAUACCCACGGCAAUGGUAGCUAUUUGCUUGAUAGGAAUAGUUGGUAAUCUGUGUGUUAUGGGAAUUCUUCUUUACACUGCAAGAAAAGCCAAACCGUCCUUGAUUCAUUCUCUAAUCAUGAACCUUAGCAUAUCGGAUCUCCUGUUGCUUGUGUUCUCUGUACCAUUCAGGGUUGCAGCAUAUACUGGGACAAACUUAAGCAUAGGCUGGUUUGUCUGCAAGACAGCUCACUGGUUCACACAUGCCUGUAUGUCUGCUAAAAGCAUCACCAUUGCUGUGAUAGCGAAAGCCUGCUUUACCUAUGCCAGUAAUCCAGCCAAACAAGUGACUAUCAAGCAGCAGACUGUAUGUGCAGUACUGCUGUCUGUCUGGAUGGUGGUGGCAAUUUUGCCUCUUCCCGAAUGGAUAUUCACAACUACUAAGCUUGUUUCUGGGUCUCCUGUUUGCGUUAUGGACAUACCUUCCCAAGCACAUGAGCUGAUGGCAGUAUUUGUGAAACUUUACCCUGUGUGUGUCUACUGCAUCCCGUUCACAAUCGCUUUCUUCUACUUCCGGAAAGCCUAUGGCCAGUGCAGGCGUAGAGGGACCAAAACUCAAAAUUUAAGAAAUCAGAUAAGAUCUAGAAGACUCACUGUAAUGUUACUCGGUGUUACUGUUGCUUUUGCCAUAAUGUGGCUUCCAGAAUGGGUAUCAUGGCUCUGGAUUUGGCAUCAACUCCCAAACGGCCCAUCACCACCUAAAGCUUUCGUUACACUGGCAGAAAUGCUUAUGCUAUCGCUCUCUUCAGUCAAUCCUCUCAUUUUAUUGAUAAUGUCUGAGGAGUUUAAAGAAGGUUUCAAGGACCUCUGGAAUCAUUUGAUAUCAAACAAAACAAAAACAGAAACAGAACCUGAUGUUCAGGAUCAGGAUGUAGGCUCAGGAGAUCUUCCUGGUGGUGAAGUUUCUCCCGAAGCUACAAAAGAUGGAUGUGCUGAUCAAACUGAUUCCCUGCAAAAUUUUGGAAGUCAAGACAGUACAGAAAACCAAGUUCUACCAGAUGUGGAGCAAUUUUGGCAUGAACGAGAAGGGCACUCAAACGAUCAGGACAAUGAUCCUAUUCCAUGGGAGCACCAGGAUCAGGAGACCAUCACAUCUAAUAAAUCAGGCAACAGAAACUGA